UCUAUGGCAACGAUGGCCGCGCAGCAAAAGCCGGGAGUGCCGCAAGCGGAGAUCAACUGGGACAGGCUUGACAAAACCAAAUUCUAUCUGGUAGGGGCAGGCCUCUUCUCGGGCGUGUCGGCGGCGCUCUAUCCAAUCACCGUCGUCAAGACGAGAAUGCAAGUGGCGCGAGGGGAGGCGGUGAAUAUGAAAGCUCCUGCCAUUGUGAGAUCGAUUCUUAGCACGGAUGGAGUGAGAGGACUCUACCGGGGAUUUGGAACCGUCGUUGCCGGUACUGUUCCCAGUAGAGUGGUGUUCUUGACAACUCUCGAGACGACCAAGAUCGCGGCGCUUAACCUCACGUCCAAGCUCAACUUUCCAGACACCACCGCCGCCGCCAUCGCGAAUGGAGCUGCUGGCUUUCUCUCCUCAGUCGUCUCCCAGUUCAUCUUCGUCCCGCUCGAUGUGGUGAGCCAAAGAUUGAUGGUUCAAGGGACUCCAGGAUCAACCAAGUACGCGGGUGGCAUCGAUGCUGUUCGCCAGAUUGUCAAGGCCGAUGGCAUCCGGGGACUUUACAGAGGCUUUGGUAUGUCGGUCAUCACGUACUCUCCAACAAGCGGUGUGUGGUGGGCUUCUUACGGCACCAGCCAGCGCGUGUUUUGGAGAGCUCUCGGCUACACAGAAGAAACUCACAAGAUCCCGAGCCAGAGCGAGAUGGUUUUGGUGCAAGCUGCUGGUGGCCUGGUGGCUGCUGCGUGUGCUUCAGCGCUUACUGCGCCAUUUGACACUAUAAAAACACGUCUCCAGGUUCUGAGUAGCGAAGGAAAUCCCACAGUCGUAGGAACUGCGAGACAACUUCUACAAGAUGAUGGCUGGAAGGGACUUUACAGAGGCCUCGUGCCGCGGUUCCUGAGCAUGACUCUGUGGGGAUCAGCGAUGAUCAUCUCUUACGAGUACUUGAAGAGACUGUCGGUGAAAAAGGACGAUCCAAUCAUGUCGACGUAACAUCGCGACGAAGAAUUGCUUUGCGAAGAGAUUAACCGGUAAUCUUUCGAGAUUUUUUUUAAUUUUCUUUUGGCUCGAGGGACAAACCAUAACUAUAGCUUGGUCAGUUUUUUCGAGAGAACUGAAUCAAUGGAAUAAAAUUCUCGUAUGUUUCCA